CUGGCUGUUCGGCUACCCUGUUCGUCUGCUUGGAUCUUACAGAAUUCGAUUGCGUGUCUUGUGUCUGUUAUGGGCCUACUCAACGCAUCGAUACAACCAUGAUUAUUCGCGCAGAUCAGCCGUGUAACUGUUCACGUUCUCACGUUACAGCAUUGUAGUCUUCUUGGUUUAAGCGCCCGGGAUGGCAACGCUAGGUGUUGACUCUGGAGCCGUGAUUCAACAGGUUUUGAAAGGAAGCAAUGGGGAAUUACUAAUAAAUACUCUACAAACGAUCGAUGGAUGCAAGGAUCUGGUGAUAGAAGAAUGUUUAAUACAGCCUCUAGACCACAUCGCAAGUGCCAGCCGCAUAAAGACUAUGGGCGGUGUUUCAAAAAUAUAUAAACUCUUACCUCAGAGUCCUCAGUCCACAAGCAAACAAUGUGCAUAUCUAAUGCGGGCCACAAUUCCAAACAUGACCCUCGUAGCCAACCACAUUAACCGUGACAAGCAGCAAGGAAGAAAUUGUCGCUACUUUAUAAUAUGCAUUCCCAGAAGUGUGUCUGUGAUAGAGCAAAUCCUCGAAAGUGAAGGAGUUUACGGCCACGUCAAAUUGCUAGAUUUUCCACUAGGUCUUAUUCCACUGGACACUGACGUCUAUUCUUUGGAGCUUCCAGGUUUUUUCACAAAGUUCUUUCUUGAUGGUGAUAGCUGUUGGACGCAUUCCAUUUCUCAGUCCAUACUGCAACUAGAGAGGCUAUGUGGCACAAUACCACACAUCUAUGGACAAGGCAGCUGUGCUGAGGGCGUCCUUAAAGUAUUAAAGCUCUUGCGAGGAAGCACCUCUUCUAUGUCCCAGCCUAAACUGCCAAGGAUUAGCCAUCUAUUUCUCUUCGACCGAGAUAUUGAUUACGCAUCUGUCUUACUCACUCAGCUGACAUAUUCUGGACUUCUUGACGAAACGUUUGAGGUUAACUGCGGAAAGGUGUCAUACGAAAGAAAUGUAAAGGGCAAGAACGAAAAAGUACGCAUCACAGUGAACAGCUCUGAUCCUGUGUACAAAGAGAUUCGUGACACUCAUUUCUCCGCUGUGUUUUCCCUCCUUAAAGAGAAAGCGCAGCAUCUACAAAGUGGAUAUGAUAAAAGACAUGGUAUGAGUAUAGAGGGAAUGAAGAAUUUUGUCGCCAAUGAAUUGAAGUCACUUCAACAACAACAUUCUUCACUCGCACAACACAUUGGAUCUUGUGAAGUCAUUAAGGACUCGAGAGAAAACUUUGAAGAAUAUUUGAGGACAGAACACAAUCUUCUAGAAAGUCUGGAGGUUCGAGAAGGUACGAGCUUUAUUGAAGAAUGCAUAAACCGACAGCAACCAAUGCUUCGGACAUUGCGGCUGCUCUGCCUGCUGUCUCUGACACAAGAUGGCGUUUCGCCGAGGGACUUCAAGUCAUUAAUGCAACAGUUCCUGCAUAGUCACGGCUACGAGCACUUGACCACUUUUCACCGUCUGAAAAAGCUCGGGUUGUACUACGAGCAGGGUUCCACUGCCAGUUCAGCAUCCAUAGGUGCACCCAAGCUUGCUAGCAAGGUGGCUGCUGCCAUGGCAUCGUUUCCGAGGAGUAGUAGAUUUUCUGUCAUCACCAGAAGACUAGCUUUGAUACCACAGUACGCUGGUGAGAACUAUCAGUUGAAGCACCCCGAUGACAUGGGUUAUGUCUUUAGCGGCGCGUAUGUUCCAAUUGCUGGCCGACUGGUAGAACAGAUAUUACAGCGAGAUGGCACACAGGGUUAUGAAGAAGCACUUAGGCUCCUUCCUGGUGUAACAUUGUCAUACUCAUCUGGACGUGCAGGCAGUGCUGGGUCCGGACCAGGAAGACCAGCAGGGGAUGCAUCACUCGCACAAAGUGUCGUGCUAGUAUAUUUUCUAGGGGGUGUCACAUUUGCUGAAAUUUCUGCUCUCCGUCUCCUAGGAAGGAUGAAGAAGUAUCAGAUCAUAAUUGCAACAACAUCCAUCACUAACGGAAACUCGUUUUUAAAACAACUUGUCAAAAGGGAAGAUUGAGGCUGUUUUUGUCACAUAGCAUAUAAUGCAGGUGCAGAUGAACCUGGUUUAACAGAUUACGUCUUCACCGAGAUGUUAAGUUGUUCCAGUACGAAGGGCCAAUAAGUAUCGACAUCAACCUGUGCGGUGUACGGACGUUGACUGUUUCAUAUUUCAUAACAUUAAUAUAAUAAACCACAGCAGACAAGUUGUGAUACAAUGCAUACAUGGGGUUAUGUACACCCUAGUUCAUUGCUUUUACAUCUGGUAUAUGGGAGUCAUGUGCUGCGUUCAUGUGCUGCGUGCUGAUAAAUGAUGAGUUUUCAACGGUGUAAAUGUUCCACAUGUUACACUCUAGAGCUGGAUGUUAAUGAGUAUGUUUGAUGUGAAGUCUGGUAGCAGUGUACUCUUUUGUAGAGCUGUCCCAUUCUGAUAAUUAUACCUAGGUUUCCUUUUUAGACAAAUGUUCGCUGAAUAUUCUUCUUGAGAUUCAGCAAAUUCUGGAAGGUUAAAUUUUUUGUGAGCUCGUGCAUGUGGUAAAAUAUGCAAAGAUGCUGGUUAUUUUCCACCUGAAAUGGCCCUGUAUGUAGCACACACAAGUUACAGAUACUGAUAACGCCCUUAAAUUUAUACAGAAAUAAAUGUAGCAAACACAGA